GAUGGCUCUGCAGAACCAAAGGCUGGCUUUAGAGCAAGGUCAGGUUCAUGUUGAUCACUGGAGAGCUCACUCUGUUGGGGUUGAUCAGUGCCGAAAAAAGAUGGGUUUGCUUCUUACUGGCAUUGGUGAUAAGAUUGUUGGUUUGGUCGGCAGUCGUAUUUGCAUAUGGAGGUGGAAUGGGAUAAGUAUGUUUCCCUCACGUGAGGGCACCUUUCCAAAGGGCUUAUGCAUGCGUUACUGCGAUCCUGAUGCUGUGGUUGGAUGUGUGGACGGGACCGCUCGUAUAUUUGACAUGUACAGUCAACGAUGUUCCCAAAUCAUAGAUGCAUGCUGGUCCAGUAACAUGCUUAUGUUUGAGUGACGAUCAAUUGAUACUUAGUGGUUCUUCUCUGGGCAGUGUCAUGAUAUCCGAAGUUUUAUCUGAUCAGGGGGAUGCAGAAUUUAAAUCAACACAUUCCACAGGUUACAUUGUAUGCCUGCUCUAUGAGGCCUCUAAUUAUUGUCGUCUUAUAUAAGUCAUCAGAAGCAUUUGCUUCUUCAGUCCUUUCUUAUAUGGCCUCAACAUCCUUGGAUAAUUUGUUUUCUGUUUUUAGAUGAGAUUCUGUUGAUUUAUUUGCUUCUCCUCAGGCAGUUAAACUUUUUUCAGAAGACAACUCUUUAGGCUCCGCACU